UUUUCCAGAAAACGUGAAACAACAAUCAGAUGUGAAGACAUCUUUAAAGCCUUACCAAAGGAGAGAGAUAAACCAAUCAGAAUGAUGCUAACAAAGGGAGUGGCUGGAAUUGGAAAAACAUUCCUAACACAAAAAUACACUUUGGAUUGGGUCGAAGACAAAGGCAACCAGGACAUUCAGCUCAUGUUUCCAUUCACAUUCAGAGAGUUUAAUCUUCUGAGAGAUAAAAAAAUCAGUUUGGUAGAACUUAUUCAUCACUUCUUCACGGAAACCAAAGAAGCAGGAAUCUGCAGCUUUAAAAAGUUCAAAGUUGUGUUCAUCUUUGAUGGUCUGGAUGAGUGUCGACUUCCUCUGAACUUCCACAUCACUGAGAUCCUCACUGAUGUUACAGAGUCCACAUCAGUGGAUGUGCUGCUGACAAACCUCAUUAGGGGAAAGUUGCUUCCCUCUGCUCACAUCUGGAUAACCACACGACCUGCAGCAGCCAAUCAGAUCCCUGCUGAGUGUGUAGACAUGGUUACAGAGGUCAGAGGGUUCACUGACCCACAGAAGAAGGAGUAUUUCAUGAAGAGAUUCAAAGACGAGGAGCAAGCCAACAGCAUAUUUUCACAAGUUAUGACAUCAAAAAGUCUCCACAUCAUGUGUCACAUCCCGAUCUUCUGCUGGAUCACUGCUACAGUUAUGGAGAGUGUGUCAAAAACCAGACAGGAUGGAAGACUACCAAAGACCCUGACUGAGAUGUACAUUCACUUCCUGGUGAUUCAGACAAAAGUGAAGAACAUCAAGUAUGAUGGAAGAGCUGAGACAGAUCCUCACUGGAGUCCAGAGAGCAGGAAGAUGGUUGAGGAAUUGGGAAAACUUGCUUUUGAGCGGCUGCAGAAAGACAACUUGGUUUUCUAUGAAUCAGACCUGACAGAGUGUGGCAUUAAUGUCAGAGAGGCCUCAGACUACUCAGGAGUGUUCACACAGAUUUUUAGAGAAGAAAGAGGGGUCUACCAAGAGAAGAUGUUCUGCUUCAUCCAUUUGACCAUUCAAGAGUUUCUGGCUGCUCUUCAUGUCCAUCUGACAUUCACCAAAUCUGGUAUCAACCUCAUGGAAGAGCAACAAACGGCUUCAAAGCAGACUGAAGAGUCUGCUGCAAUCCACUUCUACCAGAGUGUAAUAGACAAGGCCUUACAGAGUCCAAAUGGACACCUGGAUUUGUUUCUUCGCUUCAUCCUGGGUCUUUCACUGCAGACCAAUCAGAUUCUCCUACAAGGCCUACUGACACCAACAGGAAGCAGCUUGCAGAUCAGUCAGGAAAUAGUCCUAUACAUAAAAAAUAAAGUGAAUGAGAAUUUCCCCGUAGAGAAAAAAAUUCAACUGUUCCACUGUCUGAAUGAACUAAAUGAUGACUCUAUAGUGAAGGAGAUUCAACGUCAUUUGAGUUCAGGUAGACUGUCAAGAUACAAUCUCAGUCCUGCUCAGUGGUCAGCUCUGGUCUUCAUCUUACAUUCUUCACAAAAAAGUUGGGAUGUUAUUGAUCUGAAAACAUACUCAGCUUCAGCUGAAGCGCUCCUGAGACUGCUGCCAGUGGUCAAAAUCUGCAAAAAAGCUCUGCUGAGUGGCUGUAACCUCACACAGAGAAGUUGUGAAGCUCUGUCCUCAGUUCUCAGUGCUACGUCCUCUAGACUGAUAGAGCUGGACAUGAGUAACAACAACUUGCAGGACUCAGGAGUGGAGCUACUGUGUGCAGGACUCGCGAGUCCACAAUGCACACUUCAAACUCUCAGGCUGUCGGGUUGUCAGAUAACAGAGAGGGGCUGUGCUUCACUGGCUUCAGCUCUGAGGUCAAAUCCCUCACACCUGAGAGAGCUGGACCUGAGCUACAAUCAUCCAGGAGACUCAGGAAUAAAGCUGCUGUCUCCUCUAUGGGACAAUCCCUGCUGGAGACUGGACACCCUCAGAAUGGAUCCUCAUGGAGACCAGUGGAUGAAAACAGGUCUAAAGAAAUAUUUCUGUGAGCUGACAGUGGAUCAGAACACAGUCCACCGUAAUCUUAAACUAUCUGACAACAACAGGAAGGUGGUGCACAUGAACGAGGACCAGCUGUAUCCUGAUCAUGCUGACAGAUUUGAUAGUCCUCAGCUGAUGUGUACUAACAGUCUAACUGGUCGUUCUUACUGGGAAGUUGAACACAGUGGAGAGGUUCUUAUUGUCGUGACUUACAAAGGAAUAAAACGGAAAGGAAACGGUGAUGACAACAGGUUUGGAAGGACUGAUGAAUCCUGGUCUCUGUACUGUGAUGAUACUGAUUAUUUUGCAGUGCACAAUUACACAUCAACAGCCAUCAGUGUUCCCUGCUCAUCUGCCCCUCACCAGGUUGCAGUAUAUGUGGACUGUGAUGUUGGCACUGUGUCCUUCUACAAGGUCUUUCCAGAAAUGCUGUACCACCUCCACACUUUCAACACCACAUUCACUGAACCCAUUUACCCUGGGUUUAGAGUUAGGUUUCUUGACUCCCAUAUCUACAUCUGUCCUGACUCAGAAAACUGAACCUCUGCUGCUACUGUAGAGAGAAUUCUGAUAUUGGUAAAACAGCUUUUUUAAAAUUUUGUCUUGAUGCAUGCUCAAUCAUCCAGGUAAGUAAAUUUCCAAAAGUUGAUUCUGUUCAUCUGGACGUAGCGUUUUCAGUGGGAGAAACGUUUCGUCACUCAUCCAAGUAACUUCUUCAAUUUCAGCUGACUGCAGGUUUCCCCAAUCUUAUGGGAAACAGUACAGCUUUUUUUUUAAAUUAUUGACAAGUAAAUAAACAAUUGCUAGCACCCAAAAUGCCAGUGGCUAUUCCUGUGCCCAUUGAAAAUCUGCUGUUUCAUAAUUACAUUUGAUAUUACUGGUAUAUAUAUUGGUAUGUUUUUUUUUUUUCCUGAAAGUGUAUGUGUGGUAUAUGUCGACUCUAAUUGUGAACUUCCCUGGAAAUAAAACAUGUUUUCUUUUC